GCCCCCGUCGCAGCCGGGCCCCGGGGCGUCCUCGCCUCACCCGGCCGCCGGCGCCCGGCGGCUCCGCUUGGCCAACAAGCCCUUCAAGACGGUGACCACCAGCGGGGCCAAAAUGGGCGCCGAGGCCAAGGGGGGCAAAGGCGCCCACAAGGGCCCGGGCAGCCGCCUCUCGUGGCCCGAGGGCGAGGGCAAGGGGCGAGCGAAGGCCGGCGGCAAGGCGGGCGCCGAGGCGGCCCCCCGCCCGCCCGCCCGCGCCCGCCUCUCCCCCCGCAAGGGCAAGAGCAAGACCCUGGACAACAGCGACCUGCACCCGGGCGCCGGGGGGCUGUCGGCGGCGCCGGCCCCCGGCGAGGGCGGCGCGGGGCUCAAGCGGGGCCGCGAGGGCGGCCGAGCCUCCACCCGCGACCGCAAGAUGCUCAAGUUCAUCAGCGGGAUCUUCGCCAAGAGCCCGGCGUCCACCCCCACGCACCCCGCGCCCCCCUGGGCCCUGCUCAGCGCCGAGCUGCCCAGGGGGGCCUCCCCCAAGGCCUUGGUGAACAGCCAGGAAUGGACCCUGGGCCGCUCCGUCCCCGAGAUCCGCCUGGGCAUCCUGGGCAGCAGCAAGAGCGGCAAGUCGGCCCUCGUGCACCGCUUCCUCACCGGCUCCUACGUGGGCCUGGAGCCCACGGAGAGCGGGCAGUUCAAGCGCGAGGUGAUGGUUGACGGCCAGAGCCACCUCCUGCUCAUCCGGGAGGAGGGAGGCGCCCCGGACGCCAAGUUCGCCAACUGGGCGGACGCCGUCGUCUUCGUGUUCAGCCUGGAGGACGAGGGCAGCUUCGAGGAGGUGACGCAGCUGCACGCGCUGCUCAGCAGCCACCGGGGCGCCGGCGACGUGGCCCUGGCGCUGGUGGGCACGCAGGACAAGAUCAGCUCCUCCAACCCCCGGGUGAUCGAGGACGCCCGGGCCCAGGCGCUCUGCGGCGACAUGAAGCGCUGCCUCUACUACGAGACCUGCGCCACGUACGGCCUCAACGUGGACCGGGUCUUCACCGAAGUGGCCCAGAAAGUGGUGGCACUGAGGAAGCAGCAGCAGCUCCUGGCGUCCUGCAAGUCGCUGCCCAGCUCCCCCAGCCACUCGGCCGGCUCCACUCCCGGCGGCAUCCAGGCCAGCAACGGCGGCCACACCAGCGACUACUCGUCCUCGCUGCCGUCCACCCCCAACGUGAGCCACCGGGAGCUGCGCGGGGAGCCGGCGGUCGCGCUGGGCACCCCCAGCUCCCUGCACCGCGGUGCCAAGCGCCGCACCAGCCUCUUUGCGAACCGCCGGGGCAGCGACUCGGAGAAGAGGAGCUUGGACAGCCGGGGCGAGGUGGCGGGCAGCGGACGAGCCAUCCCCAUCAAGCAGAGCUUCCUGCUCAAACGCAGCGGCAACUCCCUCAACAAGGAGUGGAAGAAGAAAUACGUCACCUUGUCCAGCAACGGGCUCCUCUUCUACCACCCCAGCAUCAACGAUUACAUCCACAGCACCCACGGGAAGGAGAUGGACCUGCUCCGCACCACGGUGAAGGUGCCCGGCAAGCGCCCGCCGCGCGCCAUCUCCGCCUGCGGCCCCUCGGCCAGCAUCAACGGGCUGGUGAAGGACGUGGCCGGGGUGCAGGCGCCCGAGGGGGCCGCCAGCACCUCCCCGGUGGGGCUGAGCCUCCCGCCGGAGCCGGGGCUCAAGGGCCUGGGCAAGGAGCGGUCCUUGCAGCGCUGCGCCUCCGCCUCCAGCGCCAAGGUGCCCGGCACCGACGGCCCCCCCGCCGUCGAGGCCAUAUCCAGCCCCAGCAGCUCAGGCAAAGACCCGCCGCCGUCGCCCAUGAUCGACAGGAAGAAGCACCGCCGGAAGAAGCUGAUGACGCCGUCCAAGACGGAGGGCUCGUCGGGACAGGCGGAAGCCAAGCGCAAAAUGUGGAAAUUAAAAAGCUUUGGUAGUUUAAGAAAUAUUUAUAAAACAGAGGAGGAGAACUUCGAGUUCAUCAUCGUGUCGAGCACGGGGCAGACGUGGCACUUCGAGGCCAGCAGCUUCGAGGAGCGGGACGCCUGGGUGCAGGCCAUCGAGAGCCAGAUCCUGGCCAGCCUGCAGUGCUGCGAGAGCAGCAAGAACAAGGCCCGCGUGGACAGCCAGAGCGAGGCCGUGGCCAUCCAGGCCGUCCGCAACGCCCGGGGCAACUCGCUGUGCGUGGACUGCGGGGCGCCCAACCCCACGUGGGCCAGUCUCAACCUGGGGGCACUGAUCUGCAUCGAGUGCUCGGGGAUCCACCGCAACCUGGGCACCCACCUGUCCCGCGUGCGCUCCCUCGACCUGGACGACUGGCCCCGGGAGCUGACGCUGGUGCUCACCUCCAUCGGCAACGCCACGGCCAACAGCAUCUGGGAGAAGAACACGCAGGGCCGCUGCAAGCCCACCCCCGAGUCGUCCCGGGAGGAGCGGGAGUCGUGGAUCCGGGCCAAGUACGAGCAGCGGCUGUUCCUGGCGCCGCUGCCGGCAGCCGAGGCGCCGCUGGGGGAGCAGCUCUUCCGCGCGGUGCAGGAGAAGGACCUGGAGACGGUGCUGCUGCUCCUGGCCCACGGCAAGAAGGAGCAG